GACCUGUGACGUCAGUGGAGAGCGGGAAUAAAACUCGCGGGCCGGCCGCAGUGCGCGGCCAGGACACUGUAUCGCUCCUUGGGGACGCUCGCUGGAGGAAGGAUCGCUGAAAAAGGAGUACCAUGCCCCAGAAUGUGGUCCUUGCGGGGCCUGCGCCCUGGGGCUUCAGGCUUUCGGGGGGCAUAGACUUCAACCAGCCUUUGGUCAUCACCAGGAUUACUCCAGGAAGCAAGGCGGCAGCUGCCCACCUGUGUCCAGGCGAUGUCAUCCUGGCUAUUGAUGGUUUUGGUACUGAGUCUAUGACUCAUGCUGACGCGCAGGACAGGAUUAAGGCAGCAACGCAUCAGCUGUGCCUCAAAAUUGACAGGGCAGAAACUCGCUUGUGGUCACCACAGGUAUCUGAAGAUGGAAAGACCCAUCCUUUCAAGAUCAACCUAGAAUCAGAACCACAGGAGUUCAAACCCAUUGGUACCGCGCACAACAGAAGGGCACAGCCUUUUGUUGCAGCAGCAAACAUUGAUGACAAAAGACAGGUAGUGAGUGCUUCCUAUAACUCACCCAUUGGGCUCUAUUCUACUAGCAAUAUACAAGAUGCACUUCACGGACAGCUGCGGGGUCUUAUUCCUAGUUCACCUCAAAGUGCCUGCAGUACUCCGUCUGGUUUUGACUGUGGCAGUGGACGCAGCACUCCUUCUUCUGUCAGCACUGUUAGUACUAUUUGCCCAGGUGACUUGAAAGUUGCAGCUAAGCUGGCCCCUAACAUUCCUUUGGAAAUGGAACUUCCUGGUGUGAAGAUUUUACAUGCUCAGUUUAAUACACCAAUGCAGUUGUACUCAGAUGAGAAUAUUAUGGAAACACUUCAGGGUCAGGUUUCGACAGCUCUAGGGGAAACACCUUCCAUGAGUGAACCCACAGCCUCUGUGCCCCCGCAGUCGGAAGUAUACCGGAUGCUCCAAGACAAUCGCGAUGAACCUUCUCAGCCUCGACAGUCAGGCUCCUUCCGGGUGCUCCAGGAGAUGGUGAACGAUGAUGACCGUCCAGCAGGAACCCGGAGUGUGAGGGCUCCAGUGACAAAAGUGCACGGUGGGGCUGGCAGUGCUCAAAAGAUGCCGUUCUGUGACAAAUGUGGAAGUGGUAUUGUGGGUGCUGUGGUGAAGGCCCGGGACAAGUACCGCCACCCAGAAUGCUUCGUGUGUGCUGACUGUAACCUUAACCUAAAGCAGAAGGGCUACUUCUUCGUGGAGGGAGAACUGUACUGCGAAACCCAUGCCCGGGCCCGCACGAGGCCCCCAGAAGGCUAUGACAUGGUCACGCUCUAUCCCAAGGCUUAAAUCUGAUGCAGACACGAGAUGCAAACUUGGCGACAGAGAUUAUCUACACAACCAGCUUCACCCAUGCAAUCCUAGAGGGAAGGCAUAAUUUAGGCUUGGGGCAGAAGUAUCACAAACUGUAGACCCUAAAGGCUCUUUGAUGUUUAUUUUCUUUUGUCCUGAAGAACAGAAAUAGAAGGGGGAAACUCGCUGAAACAGAAGCAUAUGCUUAGCUAUCUUUGCCCCCCACCCUUUUCUCUUUGGGAUUAGCAAUACCUGAACGACAUUUACAGUAAUACUUUUGUGUAUUCCAUACUCCACAAAAUGGAUUUAUAUCCUGACCAUCAAAUAUUGAAACAUCUGGCUAUUUUGGAGGGAAAAAGGAUCUACUUGUUUUUCCUUAACAAAUUGAAUUUUACAUUUGUAGUAAAUCCCAGUGACAAGCUUGUAGUCUAACACAAUCUGCAAUUGUCUGUUGCCUGUUUUAAUUACUAUAGUGCAUGCCAAAGAGAAAGUCUUUCAUUUUCUCUCGUUUCCAUUUUCAAACAAUUAUACCACUAAAUGCAACAUAUAAAAUAAAUACAUAAAACCUUUCUCAAAUA